GCGGCUCAGCUGUCGAGUGCUUGUCAGCGAUCAUCGGCGCCGUCCUGCUAUGCGUCGACCGGCACGCCGACGCGAGGGCCCGCCGCUCGCUGGCCCACGGCUUCCGUCCCCUGAUCGGCGUUGACUGGCGCGCCGAUGGGCCGGCCGCUGCCGGCAUGUGUGGCGGUGGUGACGCGGCGGUGGCCCCCGUUGCCGCUCUUGUUGCUGUUGGCGGCUGCGGUGGUGCUGCUGCUGUUGCCCGCUGCCGCCACUUUUGCCCACAGGCAUCGAAGGGAUCACACUCGGGAAUUCUCAUGUGGGCGCCUGUACUAUCGCACAUUCUACAUGGACCGCAAACGCGAGAUCCUUUUUGUUGGUGGCAUGGACAAAGUUUUCCGGCUCAACUUGGCAAAUAUUAAUCGAACCAAGUGCAAUGACCGGAGUCUCAGUGCCAACAAGGAUGUUGUUUCUACCUGUGUUUAUAAAGGGAAACGAGAGGAUUACGAGUGCAGGAACCACAUCAAGGUUAUCCAGCCCAUUGGAGAUGGAACAAAGCUCUACAUAUGUGGAACAAAUGCACAGAAUCCAAGGGACAUGGAAAUUUAUAGUAGCAACCUGACAGAAGUGUCGAAAAGUCAGCUGACAUUGCGAGACAUUGGCCGGGGUAUAGGAAAAUGCCCAUUUGAUCCAGAUGAUAACUCUACAGCUGUUUGGGUUGAACAUGGAAACCCCGGGGACAUGCCAGGAUUGUACAGUGGGACGGUUGCCGAGUUUACCAAGGCUGACACUGUGAUUUUUCGAUCGGCACUGUUCAACAGGACAACUCACGAACAAAGCGAGUUCUUCAUGCGCACUCUCAAGUAUGACUCCAUGUGGCUUGACAAGCCCAACUUUGUGGGUUCCUUCGACAUUGGAGAUCACGUGUUCUUCUUUUUCCGGGAGAGUGCUGUUGAGUACAUCAACUGCGGCAAAGUAAUCUACUCACGAGUGGCUCGUGUGUGUAAGAAAGACACAGGUGGGAAAAAUAUUUUAACCCACAACUGGGCGACGUUCCUCAAGGCAAGGUUGAACUGCUCACUUCCUGGAGAAUAUCCUUUCUACUUCAACGAAAUUCAGGCUGUUUACAAGUUCCCUGACGAUGACAGCAAUGUCUAUGCUGUCUUUACAACAUCACUUCACGGGGGCCCGCAUGGUUCGGCUGUGUGCUCUUUCCGGUUGAGCGACAUCCAGGGUGCUUUUGGGGGCAAGUUCAAAGAGCAGAAGACGUCGUCAUCUGCCUGGCUGCCCGUGCUGACGAGUCAGGUGCCUGAGCCGCGUCCAGGCCGAUGCGUCAACAGCACCAAGACGCUGCCCGACGCCGUGCUCAACUUCCUCCGCACCCACACCCUCAUGGACUCGGCCGUGCCGCAGUCUGGCGGAAGGCCCGUUUUCUACCGUGAGAACGUCGUGUUCCUCUCGCUUGCUGUACACAAGGUGGAUGUGGAUGGUGUCGACUACCUCGUCUACUUUGCUGGCACUCGUGACGGGCUGGUCUACAAGAUAGUGGAGUGGAAAGACCGCUCAGGGCAAUCCUUCUCCAACUUGGUUGACGUAAUUGAAGCGAGCCCUGGGGAGCCUGUUCGCACCAUCGACAUCUCUAGUGAGCACAAGUCAGUGUACCUGGGUUCGGACGAUGGCGUCCGGCAGGUGCGUCUGGACCUGUGUCGUGGCCGACACCUGAGUUGCCUGCGCUGUGUUCGAGAUCCCUAUUGCGGCUGGGACAGGGACCAUCACGAGUGCCGCUCCUAUGUGACAGGUUUCCUGCAAGAUGUAAGCAAUGCUACUCCAGACAUCUGCGAAGAAAGUGCCUCUGUGGUACCACCAACAUGGCAGAGAGCGCCGCCUGGUGACACCCAAGAGAGACAAGUACAUCCACACUACAGGUCAUGGCCUGGUGCUGAUGUCACUUACCGAGAGAGACUCUGGCCAUUAUGACCUUCACCUGGAAUCGGUUGGCACACUCUGCAGCUACAACCUUACCGUCGAUGCUGAGACCUGUGGAACCCCAACAGAAACUGACUAUAGAAAGAUAUACUCUAACUGGUGCCAUGAAUUUGAGAAAUACAAGCUGGCAAUGAAGACUUGGCAGACCAAACAUGCUAAAUGUCAAGGUGGAGGUCACCCGAAUGAUGUCACCUACCAAGGAAGGGCACCAGCUGCCUAAACCUGAGUGAAGGCUUUUUAUUUCACCUUCCGCAAGGAAGGUCACACGUGAAGGUCAACAGACACCUUGAUGAAUCGAAGAACCUCCCCGAAGUCAGCCUGGAUCCAAGGUCCACAUCCAUGCGUCUUUUGUCGCGGAGCCCUCCACUUAUUAAUUUUUGGGUUGCUUUACCAGCUAGGCCUCUCGUACUCCUUUAGUAUGAUGGAAUCAAAUAUUACUGAUUGCAGCUCCUACUUAUAUACAGCUCUCAAAGAGCAUUAUCAAACAUAUUCAACAGAGCUUCACACACUAGAAGCUUUGAGACUGAACUUAUAGCAGCCCAAGUUCUUGACCUUUGAGAAGUCGGAAACUUACACUUACUCUGUAACUUCUGUGUUGGUGUACUGCGUUGUAAUGACUGCAGAGUGAAGUGCAUGCAGUGGCACUUGAAAAAUGCCAGAUAAUUUGCAGCAGCAGUGUGUUCAAUGAGAGUGCUGGUAGAGACAUGCCUUGAUUUGUUGAUGUGGCCCAUGAACUAAGUUCUGUUUGUGCAUUACGUUCGGCACAGCAAAAAUCAGGUGGGGCAUUUCGAUAGCACCCUCUCUUUCUAUACCAGUCCCAACGUGUGUUUUGUGCGUAGCAGCUAUUGUAAAUAUGCCUUUUACUUUGACUAUGAGUAUUUUGUUUGCGUUGUAUUUAGUGAAUAUGUUUAGGAGGGAAGAACAUGACGUAGAUCAAAAUUUUUUUUCUUUUUUUACUUUGAAGGUCACUUCUUUGCAGUAGGCUCAGGAGGUUAAAGCACUCGUAUUUACACACACACUGUAUAUCUGCAUCAUUUUUUAUGCAUGUUUUAACUGUGCGACUAGCCACAGCAUUUGGCAAUCUCAUUUUCUUGCAUGAGUGUCUGAUCUGUGCAUCUUAUGUUCAUUCAUGCUAGCUGCAUGUUAGGCAAACCAUAUGCACAGUCCAUAAUAUAAAGAGAGAGAUGGAGAUGGAUAGUUUUGUCGAUGCAUGUAGGCACUCUAUGUUGCGUUACAUUUUAAAGUUGUGGACAUUUAUUGCAUUUUUGCUUUGGAAAUGCAGCCAUCACAUAGGUACACCCCACUCAGUGUGUUUUCUUUACUUAAUUACUUCAAUGUUCCCAGAACUCAUGUAUACCGAGUCUUACGGGCCUCAUAUCUAUCAGCAGCAGCCUUUGAGUGUUCGGUUUGUACACUGUCUGGAAUGGUAAUUAGAACUCAAGUGCUAGUGUAGUGGAAGUGUGCGAAAGAAGAAACAUGCAGAACUUGUGUUGCAUUCAUACUUGAAAUUUUAUAAUACUGGUUUUUAUCUGGAGACAGCGCCAGCUCUAACAAAGGCCACGCCCCUGUGCAUUGUUAUGAACAGUUGUGAAGGGUGUUGUUCCUUAAUGAUUCAGUGUACUAUUUGAUGAAGCUUCGUGAAGAUAUUUCUGCAUGCAUGAGGCCAGUAACUCAAGCUUGCUUGCUUGCUGUUCAUAUAAUAAUACUGGGGCUUCUGAAUCAGCUUUCAGUAAUGUGUUUCCUAUCCAAAGAUGUAUCUUUAACUGCCCCAUGUAUUGCUGCUAUGUAUCGUAAUGCAGUGCACAAAAUCUUUGUGCCAUCUACUCAUAUUUUUUUUAAAUUGUGCCAUGUAAAGUUUGGAUUAGCACUGGCUCUUGCUUAUCCAGCCUUUUUCUUGGGUGUAGAAGUGAUAUUAAUUUUUAUGAAAACAGCUGCCUAGAACUGACAGCUUCUGAAUGCUUGGUGAUGUCAUGUAAGUUAAAUAUCAUACAACCAAGUCAGCAAUACUUAAGCACUCGACAAAGGCGCAGCGCGAGGCAUCCUAUGAGGCUGCUGCUGCUUUCCAUUCCUGAUGUGGGAUGGCCUGAGGCAUUAUCAAAAGUCGUUUCGUUUGCCAGAAACACACCAGUGUCAGUUUUAAAGGGACGCUAAAGAAAAUGCUAAAUUUCAAUGUGCGUCUUGCUAAAUUUUCUUUCCAGGAUCUCCGUAUUUUCCACAGGAAAAAAAAAAGUAAAGGAAAAGUGAAAUGCAAAACUUUUCUUCUUUAUAUCUUGAGUGAGCUAUACUGCAGUAUGUUAUGGUGGCACAUGUUGGUUGUCGUGGUAUUUUUACAUGUUCAGGCCUUUUUACUUCAUAAAACCUCACAAUUUACUUUUCUUAGUACAUUUGUGCCACGACUUGCCACUGCGAGCUAUGUCUCAAUAUUUUCAAAAUGCAGUUUCAUUGAGUUCUUUUAUAAGUAGUCAACUACGCACUGUUUCUUCUUUAAUGCCCUUUUAAUAAGAAGGAUGCAAGACACGCUGACCUCGGCACGUUUCUGUUAUCAGGCCUGCUUAGCAUAAAUGCCUCUUCCCACGUUCGCAGCAUCAGCACAAAUAGGUGUGCAUUGCUAACGACUGCUGAUGUCUUGUGCUGUGUGAGUGCACAUCAUAGAGUCUAUUUAUUUACACACCAUACAAUUCCUCUUGACCUCCAAGAUUGCAUCGAGGCUCUUUACCUCAUUGUAAGUAUAUAGUAGGUUGUGCUUCUCGAUUUGUAUAGUCGCAUUGCUUAGAAUGUGUUCAUAGUGUUGUGACCUCGUGAAAACUCUUGUGACUUUUAUCAUUUAUGGUGUCCGCAUUGCCGAUGAUACAACAUGCAAAAGGGAGUUGUGAGAAGAGUGCUGCCCAGAUGGAGGGGCUUUUCUUUUCUUUUUUCCUGAGCCAGCGUGAUUGCUUGACCUGCCCACUUUUGUCAUUAUCCUCAGUGGUUUUGAUGUAGGUCCAGUCUGCAGUCCUGCUGCUUUUUGGCAGCAUGUGUUUGUGUGAAGAAGUGAACAUUUCAACACCUAAUGAGGCAAUUUAAAUAAAUAUUCCCUUUUUACAUGUCA